AUGUCCGUCAAAGGAAGAAUUGCUAUCGUCACCGGCGCUGGUGGAGGUCUAGGCCGGCUUUAUGCUUUGGCAUUAGCAAAGAGAGGUGCCAAGGUCGUCGUCAAUGACUAUGGUGGGACUUUGGAGGGUCAACGUGGCACUAGUGCUCGCGCACAGGCUGUGGUUGACGAAAUCAAGGCCCUCGAUGGCACUGCACUGGCAGACUGCCACGACGUCUCUGCUGCGGCGGACGCUAAGGCAAUCGUCGCUGACACUGUCAAAGAAUUCGGCACCGUCGACAUUCUUAUAAACAAUGCUGGCAUUUCCGGCAAAAUGGCACCACAUGAUAAUGUGGAUGCAGAAGCUUUCACGAGAGUGUUUGAGAUUGCCGCGCUGGGGACAACUUUGAUGACAAGCGCCUGCUACUCUUUGAUGGCGAAACAGAAGUACGGCCGUAUCAUCAAUACAUCUUCAAAUGCAAUCUACGGAUUCGGUGCUGGGGGUGAUUGUGCCUAUAGUGCAUCUAAAGCCGCUGUGUUUGCAAUCACACGAGAAUUAGGUCGUUGGUCACUAAAUGACGGCGUUAAAAUCAACUGUGUCAUGCCAUCAGCCGCCUCGAGAAUGGGGGAUCUUUCCGAGGGCACGAAGAAAGUCACUCGGACGUAUUUUCAGCCCGAGGGCGUGGUUCCUUUUGUCAUUAGUCUCUGCUCUGAAGAAUGCCCUUCCUCAGGCGAGGUGUUUACUGCGAGUGCAAACAGGGCAGCGCGGGAGACCUUUGCAACAUUCGCCGGUACAAAGUCAGAAACGGCCGAGGGUUUUCUCGAGAAAUGGGACAAGGUGAUGGGACGAGGUGAAGAACCCUACCUCGCGGAAAACACCUUGGAGCACGUGAAAUUUGUCGUACGGCAGGCUCAUGGCGUGGAGAUGGAGGAUAUUCCAGACUUUAGCAUUGUAACUAGAUGA